ACUGUUCUAAACGGCUUAUAAAAGCAUGAAACUUUAGCUUUCCCCACCUCACCCAAACGCAGCCGAAAAUAAAUCUACAAUUUUUCCAGUUACAGUUUAAGCUUUUUCUCAGAAAUGGCGCAGGGAAGUGGCAGUGCAAGUCAAGCCAAGUUCUGGGUUGCAUUGCUAUUUUGCUUUCUUGUUUUCUGGGAAAAUGUCGAUGCAGCAACUUAUACUGUUGGUGGCUCCAAUGGUUGGACCUUUAACAUGGCCACUUGGCCUCGAGGGAAGCGUUUUAGGGCCGGUGACACACUCUUCUUCAAAUACGAUGCAACAAUCCACAAUGUGGUGGCGGUGAACCGGGGAGGAUACAGAAGCUGCAUAACGCCGGCGGGAGCAAAAGUGUAUAAGUCAGGGAAAGAUGAGGUAAAACUGGGGAAAGGAAUGAACUACUUCAUAUGCAACAUUGCUGGUCACUGUGAAUCUGGUAUGAAGAUAGCCAUAAAUGCAGUGUAAAUCACCGGCGCCGGCGUACUAUCUUUUUCUUAAGGAGUGUGAAACUAUGGUUUGUUGUUAAAUCAGUUAUAUUGGGCAAAUCUGAGCAGAUCUAAUGUCAUUAUGAUUAUGGCCUUUGUCUUAUUUUUGUGUUCACUUUCAGAGUUCAGUAGAAAUUGUAAAUUUGUCGGUGAUGUUUGUUUUA